UGGUCAACGUGGCCAGCGUGAUGGGCCGUGUGUCCUUCUUUGGUGGUGGGUACUGCAUCUCCAAGUACGGCGUGGAGGCUUUCUCUGACAGCCUCAGGCUCGAGAUGAACAAGUUCGGGGUGAAGGUCUGUGUGAUCGAGCCGGGCUACUUCAAAACAAUGAUCACCAACACUGACAACCUGGAGAAGAAUUUUCAUUCCAUCUGGAAUAAGCUUCCAGAGGAAAUCAAAGCGAGUUACGGGGAGGAUUACUUGAGGAGGCUUGUGUCAACGCUCAAGGUGAUGGAGAAGACCUACAACACCGACCUGUCGCUGGUCACCAACUGCAUGGAGCACGCUCUGACCAGCCUCCACCCACGCUACCGCUACUCCGCCGGCUGGGACGCCAAGCUGCUCUACCUCCCCAUCAGCUACCUGCCCUCAGCCUUCAGUGACGCCUUGUUCAGCCUAUUCUACCCCAAAUCUGUUGGGAAAGCCUAAGGUGGGGAUGCAGCGGGCAGCCAAGAGCAGAGUGGGAUCCAAUGGCACACAGUGGGAUCCAGAAUUGGCUACAGCCAAGGCCACACCGAAGUUCCUGAAUUUGUAACUGCAUGUAUGUCUGACCCUCUGUCCCCUGCUCAUGAUGGGUUUGUCCUGAAUAAAGACCCCCUGUCCCCUCCUG